AUGGAGGCAACACGUGUCAAACUCAGCCCAAAUCCACGCCAGGAGGCGAAUCUGCUAUCGAUACUUACUUUCUGGUGGACGGCCGAUAUGUUCCGGAAGGGCUACAGUCAACGGUUCGAAAUUGGCGACCUCUACGCGCCACUGGACAAGGACCAUGCAAAUCUGCUGGGCGAUCGACUCGAAAGGCAAUGGAUGCGACAGUUGGCACAACAGAGGAAAAUUCCCACCCAACGGCCAUCGCUGAUACGGGCAUUGUUUCGUACGUUCUGGCGGGACUGGGUAACGCUGUCCGGGUUGGCGCUGUUUGUCGAGGUUGUGUUGAGGCUUUUACAACCUAUUUUUCUCGGAAGAUUACUGCUGUACUUCAGGGAAGAAUCGAACAUGACCUACCGUGAGGCACUGCAUUACGCGUGCGGAAUGAUAGCGGUACGUGCCGUCAUCGUGCUGUGCGACAAUCAGUACGGUAUCCUCUCGUGCUUGACGGGCGUUCGGUCGAAAAUUGCCGUUUGCAGUGUCCUGUACCGGAAGUCGCUGCGGUUGUCACGCAAUGCGCUUGGCGACACGUCCCCCGGCAAGGUGGUCAACCUGAUGUCGAAUGAUGUGAACCGUUUUGACAUUGCGUCGUACCUGGUGUGCUUCAUGUGGACGUCACCGGUCGUGAUGAUACUGACCGCCGUGCUGCUCUGGUACGAGAUCGGUUGGUCCGGUGUGAUCGGGCUGGUAGCGAUCGUCAUUAUUACCCCGGUACAGUCGUACACCGGCAAACUAACCUCCCGGUACCGGCUACGGACGGCACUCAAAACGGACGAAAGGAUACGCCUGAUGGACGAGAUCAUUGCCGGCAUAUCGGUGAUCAAGAUGUACGCCUGGGAACGGUCCUUUGCCAAACUCAUCUCGCAGGCCCGCCGCAAGGAACUGAAGGAGGUGCUAAAGAGUGGUUACAUGCGUGCCAUCUACAUGACGUUUCAGCUGUUCACCACACGCGCUUCCGUGCUGGGCGUAAUGUUGGCUUUUAUUGCACUUGAUGAGGACAUAACGGCGGCGAAAGUGUUCGUGGCAGCGAGCUACCUUGCGAACGUGUCCUACACUAUGGCUGGAUUGUUCGGGCGUGGUAUUGCGGAACUCGGCGAGGGACUCGUUGCCACGCGACGGUUGCAAAAGUUUCUCGAGUACGACGAAGUGCAAAUGGCAAUGACAGAGCAGGCGGUGAAAAAUUCGCCCGCAUCUAGUGAUCCUUCAUUCGACAAGAAAAAUGAACUCGUGGAGAACGGUGAUCCCGGUGAGCGACGGCGUUUGCUAAACGACUCCAACGAACGUUUGAUUGGGGAGAACGUGGACGUAUCGAUGCAUCAACUAACCGCACGGUGGACUGUUCCCGGUGACGCGACCGAUCAGCCACUUCCACCAGCUACACUUUCCGAUCUAAACAUUCAAUUCAACCGUGGAAGCCUUAUUGGAAUUGUGGGCCCAGUCGGUUCGGGAAAGAGUUCUAUUUUGCAAGUCCUACUCAAGGAGCUUCCCGUCGAGCAGGGUACACUUCUCAUGCUAGGACGGACGAUCGCUUACGCUAGCCAGGAACCAUGGCUGUUUACUGGAAGCCUUCGACAGAACGUACUCUUCGGUGAGGAACUAGACCAAUACCGAUACCGUCAGGUGCUGAAGGUGUGCGCCCUACAGACAGACCUGGCACACCUUCCGGAGGGUGAUAUGACUGUCGUCGGCGAACGUGGAGUUUCGCUUUCCGGUGGGCAGAAGGCACGAAUUUCUCUGGCAAGAGCCGUUUAUCGUAAGGCGGAUGUGUACCUGUUGGACGAUCCGUUGAGCGCUGUCGACGCGCACGUGGCGAAGCAUCUGUUUGAAAUGUGCAUUGGAAACGGGGGGUUCUUGAAGAGACGCAAUGCCAAGGCCACGCGUAUUCUUGUCACGCAUCAGGUUCACUUCUUGAAGGAUGCUGAUUGGGUCGUUGUUAUGAAGGAGGGCAAGGUGGAGGCACAAGGCACACCGCAAGAUUUACAACAGCGUGGCAUCGAACUAGAACAUCUACAGCAUGCCGAAUCUGGCGAAGACAUCGACAAGCAUUGUGCAAUACGGAAGCUAUCGCACACCUCGACUAGCUCCACGGUAACGGUCGACAGUGUGACACUCGAAGGCAUUUCUCACUCGUAUGAAGACGAAACGGAGGAGCACGUCGAGCAGCGUGCCAAGAAUAAGUUUGAGGCAUCCUCGGAUAAAGCUACAGCAGGAUCGGUUUUCCUCCAAUACGUCACCAGUGCUGGCAGCUGGUUGGUCUUUGUUGGGUUGCUUCUUCUUUUCGCCGUCACGCAGCUGGUGGUCAGCGUGGCCGACUGGUGGCUUUCCUACUGGACGCUUAUCGAAGAACAAGCGACAAACCUCCCGCAGGCGGUUGCCGUUUCACGAGACCUAAAUGAAACUCAAAAGCAGCAAGGCCCUAUCGAAGCGCGGCCCAUCGAACGCGAUGCCUGUGUGUACAUCCAUGUCGCACUCGUUGGAACCAUUUUCUUCGUGGCACUGACGCGAGCAUUUGGUUUCUAUAAGGCGUGCGCGCGAGCGUCUCAAACGAUACACGAUAACGUGUUCGAGGGUUUCAUCGGGGCACGGAUGCGCUUCUUCGAGACUAACCCAUCCGGACGGAUCUUGAAUCGGUUUUCAAAGGACAUGGGCGCUAUGGACGAUUAUCUGCCAAAGUCUAUUCUGGACGCGACCCAGACACUGCUCAUGUUCACCGGUGCCAUGAUGGUCGUCGUGUUCGUGCAGCCUUACUUUGUGCUCCCGAUCCUGGUGCUGCUGGUGGCGCUUUUGUUAACCCGCAGUAUAUACCUUCGCACAUCAAAAAAUACACGGCGGCUCGAGGGAAUCACGAGGUCACCCAUUUUUUCACACAUUGCGGCCACCUUGACCGGAUUGCCAACCAUUCGAUCCUACGGUGUGCAGCAGCUGCUUAUCCAAGAGUUCGAUACGCACCAGAACGUCAACACGGGCGCCUGCUUUAUGUUCCACAGCGGGCGUAUCGCAUUCGGACUCUUUCUGGACAGUAUAUUUUUCCUCUUUCUGGCCAUCGUCACCUUCAGCUACCUAAUGUUGGACACCGACGCCGUUGGUGCCCGCGUUGGGUUGGCCAUCACGCAGAUUAGCAGCAUAGGCAGUCAGCUACAGUUUGGCAUUCGUCAGAGUGCCGAAAUGUUCAACCAUCUGAUCGCGGUGGAGCGUUUACUUGAGUAUCGGCAAUUGCCAGCGGAGCAGGACAGAACGACCACUUCUACCGGGGGUAAAAAAGAAGACGCACCAAUUGUUUUGGAACCCCCGAAGGAUUGGCCUCGUGAAGGCCGUCUACAAUUUAACAACGUAAGCUUCCGUUACGCCGAACGCGAGAUGGCCGUUUUACGUGACCUCACGUUUUCCAUCAAACCUCGGGAAAAGGUGGGAAUCGUGGGACGCAGCGGUGCUGGAAAGUCUUCCAUCAUAGCGUCCCUCUUCCGGAUGGCGAUCGUCGAGGGACAAAUAUUGAUCGAUGGCUUGAAUACGGCCGACGUGCCGCUCGAGCAUCUACGCUCGCGCAUAUCGAUCAUCCCGCAGGAUCCGGUCCUAUUUUCCGGGACGCUGCGCCGUAACCUCGACCCGUUCGAAAGGUACCCUGACGAGGCGCUCUGGAGGGCACUGGAAUUGGUGGAGCUCCGUGAACUGGCGAGCGAAUCUUCGGCCGGGCUCGGACUGCACGCGUACGUAGCUGCCGGUGGGCAGAACUUUAGUGUCGGCCAGCGGCAACUCCUCUGCCUGGCUCGAGCCAUAUUGCGCGGCAAUAGGAUUCUGGUGCUCGACGAAGCCACGGCAAACGUGGACCCGGAAACGGACCGUCUGAUUCAGCAUGCGAUUCGGGAACAGUUUGUCGACUGUACGGUGCUGACGAUCGCACACCGAUUAAACACGAUCAUGGACUAUGACCGCGUGCUGGUGUUGGAUGACGGCACUGUGGUUGAGUUUGGGACGCCGGCGGAGUUGCUAGCUCGCGAGGAUGGUACCUUCCGGAGCAUCGUGCUAGCCACGGGACCCAACGAAGCGGACAAUCUGUUCAAAAUGGUGCAAAGUGGCACGAAUCAAAGGAGCCAAUAAAACUAUAUCGGUCAAUUAUAGGAACGAAAGUUAUAAAAUAUUUUUAAACAUUUUAAAACAACAACCAUAAUCCCACCAAGUGCGUUCAUAAAUGUGCUGUAGUGAAGAAAUUAACGUACCUUAUAAGACCUUACAAUAAAUCUCGGUGUUUAUUAAACACCCUUGUU